GCUUAGCUAACGGCAGCUAUUCAAGUAUCCCGACCAAAAUGCCCCGAAAUGUCAGCUAGUCAACGAGUGGGUUGAAGUUGAGGAAAUUAUUGGAGCUAAUCUUCAGUCAAAAUGAGUUCGUUCGCGGGUCGCAUGAAGGAGUAUCCCAACAUGUCGCUGGAUCGGUUUGACAGGGAGAAUCUACAUGCAAGGGCUUAUUUUUUAUCUCACUGCCACAAAGCUCUACUUACAUCAUGUUUUUUCUGCAGAUCACAUGAAGGGGCUGAAGGGGCCUCUAAUGAAAAGAAAGUUGAAAUUCAGUCUGACCGUCAAACUGUACUGUUCAUUUGUUCCAGUCUGACAGUCAAACUGUACUGUUCAUUUGUAACUAAGGAACUGUUGCUGAGCAAUCCAAAAUAUGCCUUCUGGGAAGAUCACAUAGUUGCUUUGGAACUGGAGAGUCCCACACUAAUCACUUUAAUAGACGAGGCUUCAGGAGAGAGAGAAGAACUUGUGGUGACUCUGCUUCCUGCUGGUCACUGUCCAGGCUCGGUCAUGUUCUUGGUAGAGGGGGCCCAGGGUACGGUGUUGUACACAGGAGACUUCCGACUGGCGAAAGGAGACGCCUCCCGCAUAGAACUCCUCCACUCUGGGAGCAGGGUGAAAGACAUCAAGAGUGUGUAUCUGGACUCCACCUUUUAUGACCCUCGCUUCUAUGAGAUCCCCAGCAGGGAGACGUGUCUACAUGCUAUCCGGGGGCUGGUACAGGACUGGGUCAGUAGGAGUGUGUACCAUACAGUGUGGCUGAAUUGUAAAGCUGCAUAUGGAUAUGAAUACCUCUUCACUAACCUGGGGGACGAGUUUCACACACAGAUUCAUGUCAAAAGCCUGGACAUGUUUAAGAAGAUGCCAGAGAUUCUGAGUCAUGUGACCACGGAUCGAGCCACUCCGAUCCAUGCCUGCCGUCACCCCAAGGAGGAGGAGUUUGUUCCUGCCAGCAGGCUGCCGUGUGGCUCCUCGGCAUCAGAUGGAACUCCUCUAAACAUCAUCAGUAUCAAACCCUCCACUAUGUGGUUUGGAGAGAGAACACAGAGGACUAAGGUUAUCGUCAGGACAGGUGCCAGUUCCUACCGAGCCUGCUUUUCCUUCCACUCAUCCUACUCUGAGAUAAAAGACUUCCUGUCUUAUCUCCAGCCAAUCAACAUCUACCCCAGUGUCAUUCCUAUUGGCCGAACUCACGCUGAUGUCACGGAGCUGCUGAAGUCUAUGUGUAGGGACCGGUCCUCCUCGGCUGUGAUCUACAGACCUCUGGGAACACUGAAACGCACCAGACCAGAGCAGCACACCCACGGUGUGGACUGUGCCGAUUGGCUGUUUGAGGGGGCGGACCUGGCCCCUGUCAGGAAGAGGGUGAUGAUGCAGGAGGCCACACCCACAACGCUCCCUAACCCCCCCGACGAACCUCUACCCCUAACACACAUACCUCUCAUCACAGGAGACUACAUGGACUGUACCGAAUCUAAUGAUGAUGAUGAGGAGGAGAGAGACCUGGAGGAAGAAGAGAGAGGUGGGGAGAGAGACGAGGGGUCUGUGUCUAAUUCUGGCACCCCUCCUCCUCGCUGGGAGGAGUUUUUCACCACGGAGAUACUGACGGACAGCCAGACCAGCCAACCACACUCCUGCUCGCACACAAGCCCCUCUCACUCCACACUCACAGGCUCCCAGACCCCAGAGCUGUUUGUUGAUGACUACGCCAAACUCCCCUCGCCGUCAAUUCCUCUCUCGGCUGGGCGAGGCCUGAGUCAGGCUGAAAGCAUGCUCAUCCAAUCAGAAGACCGGUGUCAGGGAGAUGCAUUGACCAAUCUGGAUGCUGGGGGGGAGGAGAGUGGCAGCCACACUCACCAAUCAGAGCCAACGGAGUCUCAGGUGUCAUCAGACUUUGACAUCCCGUCUACGCCGGAGUCACACACACCUGGACCAGACGACCUCAGCGAUCUGUACAGGAGACUGGCCGCUGGAGAGGAAGUGGUCACCAGGACAGGAAGUCAGGCCCUCUGACCCCGUCUACGCCGGAGUCACACACACCUGGACCAGACGACCUCAGCGAUCUGUACAGGAGACUGGCCGCUGGAGAGGAAGUGGUCACCAGGACAGGAAGUCAGGCCCUCUGACCCCGUCUACGCCGGAGUCACACACACCUGGACCAGACGACCUCAGCGAUCUGUACAGGAGACUGGCCGCUGGAGAGGAAGUGGUCACCAGGACAGGAAGUCAGUCUCUCUGACCCCGUCUACCUCUUUGUAUAUAGACCGAGGGAAGAGGAAGCGAGACAUUCCACCCACUAGUUUCUUCUGAUUCUUAUACAGUCAAUGAGCUGAACAGACCAAACCCAGCUGCUAAUGCAUUGGUGCCUAUGGGAGAGCAAUCACCUUAAGCAGAACGGAACUUUGUGGCCAUGAUAUACAGUAGCUUAGUAAUGUCCGAACCUUAACUCUGAUCAUUCCAUCCAGGUGACCACUUUAAAAUGGUGGAAGCCCUCAAUGUCCAGGUUAUGUGUAAGAGGAGUCCAUCUCUGUUAUAGAGUUGAUGGAUGAUUGUGGGUUCUUGACAAUGUCUUCCUCACCCAGAAAAUAGUCGACUUGAAGUUGGACAAAAACAGACAAUUGAUUAAUGCAUAUAUACGAUUUUAUGUGUGGGUCCAUAGCAUUAUCUACACAGACCAUAUCCAUGCCCUACUUUGUUAUAGAGACACCAUAGUCAUGCCCUACUUUGUUAUAGAGACACCAUAGUCAUGCCCUAUAUACGCCUGGCCUAUCAGGGCCAAGAGAAACCACAGCUACUCCUCGACCACCCUGGGAAAUGUUCAGUAGGGAAGUAACAGUCUUUCUGCGGUCUCUCAACUGGAGUCUGCUCCUGCCAGGCUAACGCAGUUCUGUAGAGAAUAAAGUCUGUUGUAGCUGUUCUGAACGGUAGAGAAUAAAGUCUGUUGUAGCCGUUCUGAACUGUAGAGAAUAAAGUCUGUUGUAGCUGUUCUGAACUGUAGAGAAUAAAGUCUGUUGUAGCCGUUCUGAACUGUAGAGAAUAAAGUCUGUUGUAGCUGUUCUGAACUGUAGAGAAUAAAGUCUGUUGUAGCUGUUCUGAACUGUAGAGAAUAAAGUCUGUUGUAGCUGAACUGUAGAGAAUAAAGUCUGUUGUAGCUGUUCUGAACUGUAGAGAAUAAAGUCUGUUGUAGCUGAACUGUAGAGAAUAAAGUCUGUUGUAGCUGUUCUGAACUGUAGAGAAUAAAGUCUGUUGUAGCUGAACUGUAGAGAAUAGUCUGUUGUAGCCGUUCUGAACUGUAGAGAAUAAAGUCUGUUGUAGCCGUUCUGAACUGUAGAGAAUAAAGUCUGUUGUAGCUGUUCUGAACUGUAGAGAAUAAAGUCUGUUGUAGCUGUUCUGAACUGUAGAGAAUAAAGUCUGUUGUAGCUGUUCUGAACUGUAGAGAAUAAAGUCUGUUGUAGCUGAACUGUAGAGAAUAAAGUCUGUUGUAGCCGUUCUGAACUGUAGAGAAUAAAGUCUGUUGUAGCCGUUCUGAACUGUAGAGAAUAAAGUCUGUUGUAGCCGUUCUGAACUGUAGAGAAUAAAGUCUGUUGUAGCCGUUCUGAACUGUAGAGAAUAGUCUGUUGUAGCUGAACUGUAGAGAAUAAAGUCUGUUGUAGCUGUUCUGAACUGUAGAGAAUAAAGUCUGUUGUAGCCGUUCUGAACUGUAGAGAAUAAAGUCUGUUGUAGCUGAACUGUAGAGAAUAAAGUCUGUUGUAGCUGUUCUGAACUGUAGAGAAUAAAGUCUGUUGUAGCUGAACUGUAGAGAAUAAAGUCUGUUGUAGCCGUUCUGAACUGUAGAGAAUAAAGUCUGUUGUAGCUGAACUGUAGAGAAUAAAGUCUGUUGUAGCUGUUCUGAACUGUAGAGAAUAAAGUCUGUUGUAGCUGUUCUGAACUGUAGAGAAUAAAGUCUGUUGUAGCCGUUCUGAACUGUAGAGAAUAAAGUCUGUUGUAGCUGUUCUGAACUGUAGAGAAUAAAGUCUGUUGUAGCUGUUCUGAACUGUAGAGAAUAAAGUCUGUUGUAGCCGUUCUGAACUGUAGAGAAUAAAGUCUGUUGUAGCCGUUCUGAACUGUAGAGAAUAAAGUCUGUUGUAGCCGUUCUGAACUGUAGAGAAUAAAGUCUGUUGUAGCCGUUCUGAACUGUAGAGAAUAAAGUCUGUUGUAGCUGUUCUGAACUGUAGAGAAUAAAGUCUGUUGUAGCCGUUCUGAACUGUAGAGAAUAAAGUCUGUUGUAGCCGUUCUGAACUGUAGAGAAUAAAGUCUGUUGUAGCUGUUCUGAACUGUAGAGAAUAAAGUCUGUUGUAGCUGUUCUGAACUGUAGAGAAUAAAGUCUGUUGUAGCUGAACUGUAGAGAAUAAAGUCUGUUGUAGCUGAACUGUAGAGAAUAAAGUCUGUUGUAGCUGAACUGUAGAGAAUAAAGUCUGUUGUAGCUGAACUGUAGAGAAUAAAGUCUGUUGUAGCUGAACUGUAGAGAAUAAAGUCUGGUGUAGCUGAA